GAGAAGAAGAAAUUCAGGAGGGCCAUUUGAAAAGAUUCGCAGAAAGAGACUGCGCGUUAUAUUUAUAUCGCUUGAAAACUAUACAAUUGAGGAUGUUUUAAUAUAUCAAGAAGCGCGACAUUUUUAAUCCUUAUGCGCAAAGGACCUCAAGUUCAAAUAAUGGCUGGAGAACAUUUGGGUGUUUUGAGGGGCCAAUCCUUCUACCUGCAUGACGUGAAGAGACAUCAGUCCGUCGCACUCACUGACAUCAUCAGCCGUCUGGGAGGGAACGUGGACAGUUUUCUCACCAAAGAUGUGAAUGUGGUUGUGACGGGCAUUAAAGAACCUCAUAGUGAUUUGCAGGUGAAUGGUUCAUGUACUGCAGGGGGAAAACAAAGUGGAACCCCCAAACCUCUGGUUUGUGGCAGUCGUGGAAAAGCAUUACUGGAAAAAGCAAUCCACAGCAAUGAGAAGUAUCAGAGCAGUGUGCUGGCUAAUGCUCGUUCAUGGGGAGUCAAGGUCUACAGUGUUGAUGAAUUUCUAAAGUUCAUCAAUCAUCUAAAUCAGAAAAUGAGGACAGCUAAGAAAAAAAGAAGCAAACUAUCAACUCCUCAUGUGAAAGCUGGAGUCUUGAGAGGUCCUUAUCUGAAAGUGGAGGACACCAGUCGGAAAUUCAGACCAUACUAUGCACAGACUCUGAGUUUCCCAGUGAUGAGUUUCUCUGGAAAAUUUAGCCCUUUUGAGCCCCUCAUUCCUCGGCAGUCUGCUAUAAGCAAGGAUGUAGAUUCCAGCAAGGACAAUUUCAGGAAGAAGGAAGGAGCCACUAGCAGCUGCCAUAAGUUGCAAGCACCAGUUACUGCAAGUGCCACACACAGAGGCCCAACUAAGAAAAGUUCAGGCUAUUGUGAGUGCUGCCACAUUGUCUACAAAAACCAGUUUGAGCACUUGCAGUCUGAAAUGCAUCGUUCUUUCAUUCGAAAAGACAGUAACUAUGCUGUAGUAGACCAACUAACGGCUGCCAUGGAUGCUAGCUUUGUUUGUAAUCCAAAUCUAGAAGUGGAUCCAACGCUGAUCAAGUCAUCAACUGGCUUCUCUCAUUUGCAAUUGAGUAAUUUAACUGCAAUGGUGCAGAAUUCUGUCAGCGAGAAUGAAAAAUCUCAGAAUUCACUUGUUCAAGAAUGUGAUCGUCUACCGGCAAAUGCUGACAACAGAGGACACCCCUUUCCUAAACCUAUCCAGAGUACGCCUGGUCAACAAAAUGCAAACUCGCAUAAUACAAUGCAAAACAAUUCACCUGAUCUUCUUGACAAUGUCAAAUUAGGCCUUUACAUCAGCUGCACUGCAAAGGUUCAGGACUUUCAAUCUGGUGUUCUCUGCAUGGAUCUAGUCCCACAACACGUUCCUCCAAAAUCCCAGUCAAUAGAGAAGAAACCCAAGAGCCUAUCUUCUGUCACACCCUCAGAAGCUCCAUCUAAAAUGCUCACUCUAAGCUCUUCUGGAGACAAAAAAAUCCCACGCACCAUCACUGGUGGUAAAAAUGUUCCUGAAACUCAGGAACAAUGUGAGGGUGGUCAUGAUCUACAUGUAUUGCAUAUACGAAGUGGUCUUAUAGGUGGUGUUCCUUACACAGUCAACUCUCAAAAUCAAAAACAUGAUUGGGAUCAAGGUUUAAAAAUGUGCUCAAACAGACCUAAGAUGCUACUCCAGCAAGGUGAAGAUGGUAAUUCUGAAAGUUGUGGUCAGUAUGUGUUGGACCAUAGAAAGCUGCCUUCAACAAAACAGUCACUGAAAUCAGCCCAAGAUAUUGUUGGGACUCCUGAGUUUGGCAUCUCUUACUUUUCAUUACCACAUUUUUUACCAUUUCCACACUUGUCAGAUUACCCAUUUUCUAUAGUUAACUUAAAAAAGCGCUGCAGGUCCUUCACUCCAAGUCCAAAACUUGCCAAGAGAAGAAAGAUUAGUCAAAGUGAAAAGCCAAACCCAAUUCAGGGGGUUUGCAGUGCUAACUGGAUAAGGCGGUACUCAUCUGUACUUUCCACCAUAUCAUGUUUACCAGUCUCCAAGGUGGGUUUUACAACAGAGAUGAAUAAUCAAACUUGGGAUAGCAUACUAGCAACCCAUAAGUCAUCACUGAAUGAAUCAUCUCUUGUGAAUCAGAUCCCAAUGCAGCCUCCCCUAAAAUAUUUUACUCCCAGUACCCACUGUUUUCCUCAUCAAGUUGACCAACAGGACAAUGCUGCAAAGCAACCCUGUGUUAAGCAGUCACGUGAAUUGUCUCCAAUCAAAGCUCCAGUAGAAACCCAAAUAACCACUUACUCAUCUGAUUUGGACCCUCCUCAGUUGGUUCCAUUUUUCCAUGAAGACCAUCAACUCCAGUGCCAUCAGUUUCAUGAUCCUCCAGAACUGCUACCCUUUUUUUUCCAGACACCUGAAGAUACUUCCCAUACAUUAGUCUGUAAAGCCACAAACAGCUCGUUUCUGUCACACUCCGGAGCCUCCGCUCUCCUCCCUAACCUCACAUGGUCCACAGCCUCCUCUGAGUCGGAUUGGGAUUCUGGCCUCUUGUCGUGGUUUGCGGCUGGAGUUCCUCUUCAGGCAAAAGGGGGACAUGAUGACCUGGGUCUGUUGUUACAAAAGCCACAUACUGGCAUGCAGGAUGGGAGCUAUACAUCACGGUUGUGCUCCAUACUGCAACCCUCUUGAUACACAUCAUUGGGAUUGAAGUUGCUUCAAUCUGUCAGCUGCGACUGUUGAUGAAUUCAAUCCUAAAACAGUUCUUCAUUCUCCAUUCUCAGUAGUCAUCAUUUUUCACUUCUACAAUUAGAUUGAUGACUACCACCAAUACGUGUGAAAUAAGACUUAAUGAAUGAAUUGUUUGAUUAUCAUGAAGAAGAUUUUAUUAUUGGUAUGUGCCUAACUCUGCAGCUAAUGUUUAAAUAAUAUCCACUUUUUUCCACAUAUGUUCUAUUUGAUGAAGACUGCCCAAAGUGUUUUUUUGUUGUUGUUUUUUUCUGGAUAACGAAACCAUCUCGUCUUACAUCAAUGUUGAUUUACACAUUUUUAUAAAGGAUAUUUAACUCUCCUUUCCACAGUGUUUUUCUCUUAGUGUGCAAUAUCUCACCAAAACCAAGGAAACUAUUAGUUUUAAUUACUAGGUGGCAAGUUUUUUUGUUUAUUUUUUCUUUUUCUUCGAGUGAUCUCUAUGACUUCUUUUAUGGCUCUCUCUUGCCCUGAGUGUUGACCAUGACUUUUCAUCAGAAAUAUCCGGGAACAUAAGCUGGUAUUGAGAAUUUAAUGAGGCUUUGCUGGAGGGGCAUUAUCCAAUUAGUUUAAGUGCUGUGUCUGGCCUCUCCGGUUUAGAGGCAGUGUUGAUGGUAGAACAAUGCCGUGGUGGUUUUUGGAGAACAUGCAGGAUAGGAUACACUGUGAAGGCAAAAAUGUCCUAUGAAGGUCUUUGAGGUACUUUGAGGUCAUUUUUAAAAGACUUUUCUGAUUUCCUGUAAAUGUGCAUCAGUGGAUGUGGCGGCAUGACUGCUACAGUGGACAGUGUUUUAAUUAUUUGAUGUCAGUUAAUAUUUUUAAGGCAUCUUUUAGUUACAGUACUUUGUGCAAUCCUAUUAUAGAAGUUCUGAAAGGAAUAUACAAAGUUUGUACCACUGAUAUCCAUGUGGCAUGAUUAGAAUCUUGCGCUUAAAAGAUUUUCCAUAAAGACUGGAAAUUAGCUUUAUGAAGACAAAUUUUAAGACAAAAUCGUGAAUAAAUGUAGAGUUUUUUUAUUAAUAAUAAAAAUGUAUUACAUUUUUAUUAUUAGUUUACUGUAUCAUGAACUAUUGUUUUGGAUGCUAGAUGCUAAUUUAGCACCGUUGAGUUGUGCAUACUCAUUAAAAUCAGCUAAGACAAAUGGUCAGUUUGUGCGCUGCUUUAAAGCUUUGACUUGUUUUGAAUUAAGCUAUUCCCUAACAUUUGCUAGUCUGUUUAGUAGUUUCAGCUUUCUUUCUUUCACAAGGGUCUUUUAUUUUGAUGUGAAUAUGUCUAUAAUGUUGAAGUAACUGUUAUAGGGCAAUGUCAAGUCGGCUUUAAUUUGAUGUGUAUUUUAUAAAAUAAA